AUGGCCUUUGUAGGAAACUUUGUUACCAAUUACGAUCGCACCUUAAAUGCUGAAGGGCCUGGCACUCCCUCGGGAUUCCAGCGACGCGAUGAGAUCGAGGAUCAAACCACCCUUCCUGGCCGUCGUCAGCGUGGGAUAGGAGAACAAUCCAAGCAAGCUGUUGACGGGGACAGUUUGAAAACUCCUUCUUCCUUGCCUCCAAGUCGGCUCGGCGGGGAUGAAGCUACCAACGACGAGCAAGAGACCUCCGAGAAUAGAGGAAAACAGGUCAGAGACCUGGCACGCCAAUAUACGCACGAAUCAGCACAUAUCCUUAAUGAACAGAGCUUGUUCAAUCCAGAAAAGGACUCAUAUUUAGAUCCUUCUUCCGAUAGUUUCCAGCCCACUUCCUGGUCUAGGGCGCUGUUUGAACUACGAAGCCACGAUGAGCCGAGGCGAUGGAAGGGCAGAUCAGCCGGAUUCUGUUUCAGAAAUCUGAGUGCUUACGGCUUUGGCGCCGAAACUGAUUAUCAACGAAGCGUUGGAAACAUGGGCCUACAUCUCUUUGGCUUGCUGCGGGACUACAUUACUGGGCGUCGACACCAAAGGAGGAUCGAGAUCCUGCAAAACCUGGAUGGUGUCGUCCAACCAGGUGAACUGCUUGUUGUUCUGGGACCGCCUGGAUCCGGCUGCACUACGUUCCUCAAAACUCUUGCUGGUGAAACGCAUGGAUAUCACACCAGCAACGAUUUCCAUAUGAACUACCAAGGUAUCAGCUGGCAUCAAAUGCACAAGAACUUUCGCGGCGAAGCCAUUUACACUGCAGAACAGGAUGUUCAUUUCCCACAGUUGACUGUUGGCGACACACUCUACUUUGCUGCUCGAGCUCGGGCCCCUAGAUUUCUACCUGCCGGCGUCAACAAAGAAGUCUAUGCCCAACGCCUCCGCGACGUUGUUAUGGCGGCCUUUGGAAUUCGCCAUACUGUCGACACUAGGGUCGGAAACGAAUAUGUUCGAGGAGUAUCUGGUGGCGAGCGUAAGAGAGUGACUAUUGCAGAGGCGGCUCUCAACGGUGCUCCUCUCCAAUGCUGGGAUAAUUCGACCCGCGGUCUGGAUAGCGCCAAUGCAAUUGAGUUUUGCAAGUCUUUGAGAUCGUCGGCGGAGAUCGCUAGUAUAACGGCGGUCGUCUCAAUUUAUCAGGCACCACAGGCAGCAUUUGACGUUUUUGAUAAGGCUCUCGUUCUAUACGAUGGACAAGAAAUAUACUUUGGCCCAGCGAAAGCUGGAAAGCAAUAUUUCAUAGGCCUCGGAUUCGAGAAACCUGCCCGUCAAACUGAUGCGGACUUCCUCACCUCGAUGACCAACCCAAAGGAGCGGGUUCCACAGAAAGGCUUUGAGCAUAAGGUCCCUCGAACGGCGCAAGAGUUUGUUUUCGCUUGGAAGAAAAGUCCCGAAUAUAGAGCCCUCCUAGCCGAUAUCGAGCUCUUUGAGAAGCAACACCCAAUAGGUGGCGAAGAUCUUCACAAGUUCGAGGAGUCUAGGAGACUGCAACAAGCUAAAAGACAACACCUGAGUUCUCCAUACACGCUCUCCUAUCUGGAACAAGUUCAGCUGUGUGUUUGGCGCGCAUACAGGCGCCUGGUAACCGAUCCUACGGUCACUCUUACCGCUCUUUGUGCCAAUUUCACCAUGUCGUUGGUGACCGCAUCGGUCUUUUAUGACCUACCCGACAACACCUCCUCCUUUUUCUCCCGUGGUACUCUCCUAUUUUUUGCCGUCCUCAUGAGUGCCUUCAGCUCAGCACUGGAAAUUCUCACCCUUUAUGCACAACGUCCUAUUGUCGAGAAACACGCGCGGUACGCUCUUUAUCAUCCAUCUGCCGAGGCGUUUGCCUCUAUGAUAAUGGACAUGCCAUACAAAAUUGUCAACGCCAUUCUGUUCAAUGUCAGCUUAUAUUUUCUGACAAAUCUACGCCGAACGCCAGGCGCUUUCUUCUACUUCCUGUUGAUAUCCUUCAUGCUCACCAUGACAAUGAGCAUGAUGUUUCGCACAAUUGCGUCGGUGUCUCGUACUCUUCAGCAAGCCCUCACGCCGGCUGCCGUCAUCAUUCUUGCUAUUAUCAUCUAUACUGGAUUUUCGAUUCCUACAACCUAUAUGCUAGGAUGGGCUCGCUGGAUGAACUAUCUGGAUCCGGUGGCGUAUGGCUUUGAGGCUUUGAUGGUCAAUGAGUUCUCGGGCAGGGCGUUCCCCUGCGUCACGAUUGUCCCUCCGUACGGGUCAUUGGCUCACGGCGUCUGCUCUGCAGUUGGCGCAGUUGCCGGUCAAGAUUUCGUCAGCGGGGAAACAUACAUUGAAUCUGCUUAUAACUACAAGGCGUCACACAGAUGGCGGAAUUUUGGCAUUAUAUGGGUCUUCAUGGCCUUUCUCUGUGGCACAUAUCUGGUGGCUGCUGAGUACGGCCAAGAAAAGAAGUCCAAAGGCGAAGUCCUCGUCUUCCGUCGAGGGAAAAUGCCCAAGGACCUAAUGAAAAUCACGCCUACUGAUGGUAUUAGAGCGAGUAAUGGUGCUGAGGUCGACGCUGAAGCAGCCAUUGUGGGAACUCGAGCUCACUAUUCGGACCAACACGAUUUACAGAAUGCGGCUGCCAUUAUCCAACGCCAGAAGAGGAUCUUCCACUGGAGAGAUGUCAGUUAUGACAUCAGAAUCAAGGGGAAAGGCAAGCGGAUUCUCGACCAUAUCGAUGGUUGGGUCAAACCGGGUACACUUACCGCCAUGGUCGGUGUAAGUGGCGCCGGAAAGACUACUCUUCUCGACGUCCUUGCCACUCGUGUCACAAACACUACAGGUGUAGUUACUGGCGAGAUCAUGGUCGAUGGAAGACCGAGGGAUAACUCAUUCCAGCGGAAGAUUGGCUACGUUCAGCAGCAAGAUCUUCACCUAGCUACAUCGACUGUUCGGGAAUCCCUUACUUUCAGCGCUCUCUUACGUCAACCAGCUCAUAUACCUCGAAAGGAGAAAAUUGCCUAUGUGGAAGAAAUUAUCAAGCUUUUGGACAUGCAGCCAUUCGCAGACGCAAUAGUCGGAGUUCUAGGGGAAGGACUAAAUGUUGAACAACGAAAAAGGCUAACUAUUGGCGUCGAACUGGCUGCUAGACCUCAGCUACUCUUCUUCCUAGACGAACCGACUUCUGGGCUAGACUCGCAAACCUCGUGGUCUAUCCUCAGUCUACUGGAGAGAUUAAGGAACAAUGGACAAGCGAUACUCUGUACUAUCCAUCAACCAUCCGCAAUGCUUUUCCAGCGCUUCGAUCGCCUAUUGCUACUUGCCGAUCGCGGGAAAACAACCUACUUUGGGCCUAUUGGUGAAUCCUGCAAGACUGUCAUCGCAUAUUUUGAGAGAAAUGGCGCACCCUCAUGCCCGGUUGGAGCUAACCCGGCUGAAUGGCUGUUGAACAUCACGGGCGGAGCUCGCGAUCAGUCGUAUCGUUGCGAUAUUGAUUGGCCGCAGGUGUGGAAGUCGUCCCCUGAAUUCCAGGCAGUGCACGCUGAACUCGACGACCUGGAGGCCAAACGCCCCACGUUGAUCGAUCAUCUCUCGACAGGAAAAGACGGCGAAGAUUCCUAUCGCUCCUAUGCGGCUCCAUUCUGGCUCCAGUACUACGAGGUACAGAAACGCGUCUUUCAACAGUACUGGCGAACACCCAGUUACAUUUAUUCCAAACUCAUCCUGUGCGCUGCGAGCGCACUCUUCAUCGGCUUCUCCUUCUUUAAUGCCAAAAACACCCAACAAGGUCUCCAGAAUCAAAUGUUCGGCCUGUUCAUGCUGCUGACCAUCUUCGGGCAACUUGUCCAACAGAUCAUGCCCCUUUUCGUUACUCAGCGAUCUCUGUAUGAAGUCCGUGAGAGGCCAGCCAAGACGUACUCCUGGAAGGCAUUCAUGCUCUCGAACAUCGUUGCCGAGAUUCCUUGGAACUUUGCCGGGGCGGUACUUUUGUUCUUCUGCUGGUACUACCCCAUCGGUCUUUAUCGGAAUGCCGAGCCUACGAACGCUGUAGAGGAACGCGGUGCCUUAAUGUGGCUGCUUGUCCUCGCAUUCCUGAUGUUUACAUCGACUUUUGCGCACAUGGUCAUUGCGAGCAUUGAGAUGGCUGAGACGGGCGGCCAUGUCGCCAACCUCAUGUUUUCUCUCUGUCUGACGUUUUGUGGUGUCCUGGCCACGCCAAAUGCACUGCCUGGCUUCUGGAUAUUCAUGUACAGAGUAUCGCCUUUCACCUACCUCGUUGCGGCAAUGCUCUCAACCGCCGUAAUGGACACCGACGUCCGCUGCGCGGAGAACGAAUACCUCCGGUUCAACCCUCCUCCGGGCGAAUCAUGCGCAGAAUACAUGGAACCCUAUAUCAGCGUAGCCGGUGGCUACCUCCUCAGCGGUACCAGUGGCUCGGCAGGCGGUAAUUGGAGUUGCGCCUAUUGUCCGAUCGGCAAAACCAACACGUUUUUGGCGUCGCUGUACAUCAAUCCGCAGGAUCGCUGGAGGAAUCUCGGACUCCUUUGGGUCUACAUCGUUUUCAAUGUAUUUGGCGCUUUGUUCCUGUAUUGGCUUGGCCGUGUUCCAAAAGUGAAGAACAACAUGAUUGGGAGGGUUUGGAGGGGGGCUAGGAGGAAAGCCAAGGUGAACGACGAGAAGGUUGACAGUCAAUCGGCUGGAGUUGUUUCGGGUUGGUCACCAUCCAGGUUGUUGCGUCUCUUCAGAACAAGGCGGUCCGGCUCAUAG